AUGGGACAGAAACUGAUUGGGCACACUCUGCCAGCUGAAGCUGCCCAUGUGGAUGCAAUGAUGGAUCUGGGUCCUGACGAAUUUGUGCUGGUCCUCAUCAAACACUGCCGUGACAUGAAGCAACAGGAGACGUGUCUCAGACUCAUCUCCCUGCUCCUGCUGCUCAGCUGUGUGGCACUCUUCAUCUUCUCCUUUGGUGCUGAUUUAUGGAAAAGUGAAAACUCUGGAUCCAGGGGACAAGGGAGCGCUGUUGAGCAAAGUCCAGCCUCCAGCCAACUGCAAGAGAGAGUUUUCCCUGCAGACGAUCCACAAACAAACUUCCAAAGACUUCAAGACUUCAAGAUUCAUCUCAGGUCUCAGUCUGAAUACAACAAGCCUGAUGGACAUUACAUCAAAUGGGAUAAAGUGUUUGGUGAAACAUACAACGAAGAGAAACGGGCCAUUAUGAUUCCUGAGAAUGGCUUCUAUUUUAUCUAUUUGAGGUUUGCUUUGGGAUGCCACGACGAGGAUAAGGCUGCAAACUUCACAAGGUUUUAUGUAGAGCUGCGCAACAGUAAUGAAGGUUACAACACAACUAUACGCCUGCUGGAGGCCAGUGAUGGUAUAGCAUGUACUUCAAUUGGGUUCAGGAGUGUGUUUCUAGGGCAGCUUUUUGAUUUGUCGAAAGGAGAUAAUGUGAGCGUGUGGAUAGGGAAGGGCUACAAACUAAUCAAUAAAGCAUCAUUUGGUGCUUUUCUUGUAUAG